UUCCACACUGAGCGGGGAAAAUAUGCUAAACACCAAGAAGUUGUGGAUAUAAACGCACAGAAGAACAGAGCUCAUUCCUAAAAUCCUAUGGCUUGAAGUUUCAGGCAUCUUCCCUGGCCACAGCUCAUGGAUUUCCUCACGGAGUAUCCCUACAAUGAUACUUAUUAUGACAACGGAACUGGGGCCCUCAACAGCACAAGCUGUGAGGCCAAGCAUCAGUAUAACUACUAUGCCAUGCUCCUGACUCUCCUCAUCUUUCUCAUUGUCUUCGGCAAUGUGUUGGUGUGUAUGGCAGUCUCCAGAGAGAAAGCGCUGCAGACCACCACUAAUUACCUCAUUGUCAGCCUGGCGGUGGCAGAUCUUCUCGUGGCCACAUUAGUUAUGCCCUGGGUGGUGUAUCUUGAGGUGGUGGGGGAGUGGCGUUUCAGUAAGAUCCAUUGUGACAUUUUCGUCACAUUGGACGUCAUGAUGUGCACGGCGAGCAUUCUUAAUCUUUGUGCUAUUAGUAUUGACAGGUACACGGCUGUUGCCAUGCCGAUGUUGUACAACACACGCUACAGCUCCAAGAGACGUGUCACUGUAAUGAUCUCAGUGGUUUGGGUGCUUUCGUUCGCUAUUUCUUGCCCCCUGCUGUUUGGAUUAAAUAACACAGCUACACGGGAUGGUGCCGUGUGUGAAAUCGCCAACCCCUCUUUUGUUGUCUACUCCUCCAUCAUGUCAUUCUACGUGCCCUUCAUCAUCACCCUCCUCGUCUACGUGCAGAUCUACGUGGUUCUUCGCAAGCGCCGGAAACGGGUCAACACUAAACGGAGCUGCCAGAAGACAGAUGCUGAUGCUCAGGCCUCUCUCAAGGAAAAGUGCACUCAUCCUGAAGAUGUGAAACUGUGCACAUUUAUCAUUAAGACCAACGGGGGUUUACCUGUCAAAAACAAGAAAGCAAAACUGAUAAAGGAGGUCCUGCACCAGGGUUGUGAUGUGGGGGUGGAUAUUGUGGCCGGCAGCAGCCCUCUAGAGAAAAAGAAACAGGCAUCCACUCCGGUCGUUGACCUAUUGGCCAACCAGAGCCCCAUCCAUGCCUCUCCCUCCCACGAUGAAUGUCAGUCAAAUGGAGAUGAGAAAAAUGGCCAUGCCAAGGAGGUCCAGACCCCUAAAGAAGCCAAACCUGUUGAAACUCAGGUACUGCCCAAUGGCAAAACGCGAACUACAGUGACCAAAACCAUGAGCAAGAGGAAGAUUUAUCAGCAUAAAGAAAAGAAGGCUACUCAGAUGCUGGCCAUUGUUCUAGGUGUUUUCAUUAUUUGCUGGCUGCCCUUUUUUAUUACUCACAUUUUGAAAACUCACUGCACGAGCUGCGUGGUGCCACUGGAAAUGUACAAUGCCUUUACUUGGCUGGGAUAUGUGAACAGCGCCGUCAACCCCAUCAUAUAUACCACUUUCAAUGUGGAGUUCAGAAAGGCUUUCAUAAAGAUAUUGCACUGCUGAGGACAUUAUUCAUUGCACACGAAGAGGAGGAGAGAUGUAAGAUUUCACAAGAGGUUAGUGCCAUCUUUCACUGCCAUGUGAAAUGAUGGAUAUACAAAGCCACACUUUUAAGGCAGUAUGGAAGUAAAACUCAUUACAGAAAAUGGAGGUUCAAAUGAAUGUAAAAGUAGAGUUUUAUUUGUGUGUCUCCAUU